AUGCCGUUCCACCCGUCCAUAAUGUCAAUCCUCCCUCCAGAUGCCCUUCAACAGAUUUCUGUCUGGCACAAUGACGAUCAAAUGGAUCCUCUAGUGCGAUACGAGAAGGUGUGCCAGGUGCUCCUCGCUUUAUCUCCCGAGAUUCAGCAAAAAAUCAUGGCCCUCCCGCCGCCUACGGUAUUUGAUGGGGUCCCGGAGUGCAAGGCCAAAAUGGAUGCCAUUCGAAAUGAUGCGACGCUCAGUUUCCGCGAAAAACUCGCCAAAAAUAAGGAAGUGAUCGCGUCGAUGCCGAAGGAUCUUCUGAUGGGUGUCAGGGGCCAAAUGAAGCAUACUAUUAAAAUG